AUGGCUACAAUGCAAGAGGAUAUGAAGAUGACGAAUUUGGCUAUCAAAAUGCCAAUUAUGUUGGGGAUGACGAUUAUGGUUGUGGGGACGGAAGAAAUGAUGGGUAACCAAGGUAGGAAUCAAGGAAGGGAUGAAAGAAGGGACGAGAGAAGGGAUGGAAGAAGAAAUGAUAGAAGGGACAACCGAAGAGUGGGUGAUCAAGAAGUUAACGGUCCCUAUCGUCGUCAACAACCUCCAUGGGGAGUGAAUGAUUGUUUUAGGCUGGUGGUCACCGAGAAUGAUUCACCAAUCGUUUGUGAGAGGAGGAUAUUUGAUUGUAAACCACAUUACAUCAACAUACUUCCUCAUUUCAAUGGAAGGUCCAACGAUGAGCCGUAUACGCAUUUGGCGGAGUUUUCUUCUAUUUGCAACACUAUCGGGGGGCACAACUUCGCACUAGAGGAGGUCAAACUUCGCUUGUUCCAAUUUUCGUUGAAAGACAAAGCGAAGCAAUGGUUCCUUACACUUCCGGCCAAUAGUAUUCGCACAUGGGGAGAAAUGCAACAAGCUUUUCUGGAUGAGUAUUAUUCAAUGGCAAAGACCGACGAUGCUCGUGAUGAAAUUAGGUCUUUUCGCCAAUUAUCAGGCGAGCCGUUGCAUGAAGCCUUCACAAGAUUUAGGGAGUUGAUGCGAAAGUGCCCACAUCAUCAAAUAGAGAAGUGGGAGUUGGUCAAGUGCUUUGUACGGGGUCUAGACGACAACACAUGGAACCGACUUGAAUCAACGAGCAAUGGGACCCUUCUAAGCAACCAUGAAGAUGAUGAUUGGGAGUUCUUGGAGAGGAUGAGUAAACGGUCGAAAGAGAAAGAAUCGGCCGAUCAAGCUAAGAAACAUCCCAUUUCCCGAUCACUUCCCGAUCUCGACUCUAAAGAUCGGAUUUCUACCUUAGAGCGGGAAAUGGCUCGAAUGAAGAAGAAGGAAGUGAACGCGGUGCAAUCUGAGGUGUGUGAAGAGUGUGGUGAUAUUGGACAUAAAGUGGAGCAAUGUCCAACGGAGUCGAGCUUGAGAAAUCACCCUAAUUUCCAGUAUGGUAAUGCCUCGAAUCAAAUGAACCCGAAUUUUCAAUCGGGUAAUCAAGGAGGUCAAGGUGGGUCAUCGUACAAUAAUCGUCAAGGUGGUAACCAAGGGGGUUACCAAAGGAAUUACAACCAAGGUAGUAACCAAGGAUAUCAAAACCGUGAAGGCAACUAUCAACGGGGUUACAACCAAGGUGGUAAUGGGGGUGGUGCAUCUAACUCCCAAGGUGAUAAUUCGAUUAACUCAAAACUAGAUGCUAUCAUGAACACUAUGAGCACUCUCACCAACUCACAUCAAGAACUUAAAACUGAAAUGCGGAAUUCAAACCAAGAAAUUAAAAUUGAAAUGCGGAAAGAGUUUGAGGUGAGGGAUAAAUCUCAAAAGGCAUUAGAGAAGCAAGUGGGGCAACUUGCUCAAGAGAUGGCUCAAAUUCGGGGAAGUGGAGGAGGACUUCCAAGUGAUACCACGUGGUCGAAUCAUUAA